AUCCGAUUCUCCCAAAUUCUAUUCGCAAACUUUGUACGUUUUGCGGCACUGGCACCAGCCAAACAACGUCAAUGUGAUCUGGCACAGCGGCGCAGAGGUACAACUUCCAAGACAGCGCCUGUUGCAUUCAUUGGCUCCCUGAUAUUGGUCCUUGUUGCAAUGGAGACGUCUUCUGACUGUGAAGCAAUGGACCCUGAUGCUCUGCAGGCGGCAGAGCGCUUCUUUGAUGCUGCACCACCGCUUUCUGGGGAAAGCGAUGUCAUUGCACAGCUCAAAGCCUUUGUUUACAAGCAAAACCGCUCAGAGAAAGGGCGGCCCAUUGUCUGUGUCACUUCGGGGGGCACCACUGUCCCCCUGGAAAGGCGCUGCGUCAGAUUCAUUGACAACUUCAGCGCAGGGAACCGUGGGGCAGCAUCCACCGAGUUUUUCUUGAAGUCAGGUUAUGCUGUCAUCUUUCUGAGCCGCACGGGUUCUGUACAGCCCUUCUGUCGGGACCUCCCCGAGCGGCCCCUUCUUGACUGCCUUGAGACGGCGCCGGAUGGCUCCUUACAUGCUCGGCCCCAGUACGAGCAGACAGUUCUCUCCGCAUUAAAAGCUCACAGCACGGUCGUUGCUGACGGGACGCUUCUCCACCUCCAUUUCACCACCCUCUUCGAGUAUCUGCAAAUGCUGGGGUUGGUCGGGUCGUUGCUAGAAGGCUUCGGGAAGCGCGCCUUCUUUUACCUGGCGGCCGCAGUGUCUGACUUUUACGUUCCCUGGGAGACGAUGCACGAGCACAAGAUUCAGUCUGCGGGCGGGCCCCUCGCCAUGGAGCUGUGCAACGUGCCGAAGAUGAUCCCCCUGCUGCGGCGGCGCUGGGCGCCCGAGGCGUUUGUCGUCUCCUUCAAGUUGGAGACGGACAUGGGCAUGCUGAUGCAAAAAGCGAAAGGGGCGCUCCUUAAGAAUGGCGUGCAUGCCGUUGUGGCAAACGAGUUGCACACGAGGAAGGAUAAGGUUGUUAUCAUUGAGGCUGCGGGAGAGACUGUUCUGACCAGAGACUCGAGGGACGAGGACAUCGAGGAAAAGAUUGUGGGCCACUUGACUCAACGGCAUCGAUUGUAUUUGAAACACGGCAACGGACGAGAACGAGCUUCAGACCAAGCAGCACCCCAAUCUAUUUGAGCUAUAUGGCAACAAAGAUUACUAAUUCAGGGCAAGUAGUUACUUAUGAUCAAUCUUACUGUGGUCCUUACUGAUUAAGGCUUAAUCAAAGUGGUAGGUACUGUACGAUCGCUCUGGCAUCUGCCCUGUUGCGCAAGCUUGAACCUAUCCUACAUGCGCAAGCGGCC